AUGGAGUACGUGAACAUUUUGGUAGGAGUUUUAUUCGCCUGUUUUUUGGUGCGUGGAGUUGUUAUUUCACUUAGAAGAAGAAGCAAAAGAGUUGCACCAGGUCCAUUCCCUCUGCCUAUUAUCGGAAAUCUUCACUUGCUUGGUCAUAAACCACAAAUAUCACUUGCUCAACUGGCAAAAAUAUAUGGUCCAAUUAUGAAUCUGAAAUUGGGGAAAAUAAACACAGUCGUCAUUUCUUCAUCAAUCUUGGCUAAAGAAGUAAUGCAAAAGCAAGAUUUAUCCUUUUCCAAUAGGUUUGCUCCAGACGCACUUCGUGCCUGCAAUCAAUCUGAUUUCUCUGUUGUGUGGUUACCUGUCAACAACUCACAGUGGAGAACGCUUCGUAAGAUUAUGAACUCUCACAUCUUCUCUGGCAACAAGCUGGACGCUAAUAAGCAUCUCAGGACAAAAAAAAUCGAGGAGUUGAUUGAUUAUUGUCACAAGAGUGGGCAAAAUUGUGAAGCAGUGGAUAUUGGCAGAGCAGCUUUUAGAACUUCCUUAAAUUUGUUGUCCAACACUAUUUUCUCUAAAGAUUUGACUGAUCCAUUCUCUGAUUCUGAUAAGGAAAUUAAGGAAUUGGUGUGGAAUAUCAUGGCUGAGGCUGGUAAACCCAAUUUGGUGGAUUUUUUCCCCUUUUUAAAAAAGAUUGAUCCACAAGGCAUAAGGCGGCGCUUGACAAAUCAUUUUAGCAAGGUUCUUCAACUUAUGAGUAGUUUGAUUGAUGAGCGGUUAAAGGAAAGGGAAAUGGGAAAUCGUGAAAAAGUUGAUGUGUUAGAUGCCCUUCUCAGCAUUAGCCCUGAAGAAAUCGACAGGAAUCAUAUCGAACAUCUCUAUCUAGACUUGUUUGUAGCAGGGACAGAUACGACAUCAAAUACAUUGGAGUGGGCAAUGGCAGAACUACUUAAGAAUCCACAUACUUUGGAGAAAGCACAAAAAGAACUUGCACAAGUAAUUGGCAGAGGCAAACUAGUAGAUGAAGCUGAUGUUGCACAGUUACCUUACUUGCAAUGCACCGUGAAAGAAGCAUUACGAUUACACCCACCAGUUUCUUUAUUAAUUCCUCGCAAAGUGGAGGAAGAUGUUGAGCUUUGUGGCUAUACUAUUCCAAAAGGCUCGCAAGUUCUAGUGAAUGUAUGGGCAAUUGGGCGCGACUCUGGCAUAUGGGAGAACCCUUUGGAUUUUAAGCCAGAGAGGUUUUGGGAGUCAGAAAUAGAUGUUAGAGGUCGGGAUUUUGAGUUGAUUCCAUUUGGUGCUGGUAGAAGAAUUUGCCCUGGAUUGCCUUUGGCUAGCAGGAUAAUUCCAGUCGCGCUAGGUUCAUUGAUAAAUACAUUUAAUUGGAAGCUACAUGGUGGAAUUGCACCUAAUGAUUUGAACAUGGAGGAAAAAUUUGGUAUCACAUUGGCAAAAGAUCAACCUCUGCUAGCUGUUCCUAUUCCACUGUAG